AUGAGAUACACUUGGCAGGAAAUGAGAGAACUUGUCAGAUUGGCGCUUGAUUCGGGUGAAUACGAUUCUGAUACAGGGGUUCCUGAUCCCGUUUUUGAUGGACAAAUAUUUAGGGAAGCAUUUCCACUCAGAACUCCAUUGGGACUCUGUGCCAAAUUUAACAAGGAUUUGGCUGUCAGGGGAUUAACUGAAACAGAGCUGUUAGAGCAGUAUAGAAUUCGCAAAGUUGAAAUUGGCGGAAAACAUAGUUAUAAACUGAUGCCAGACGAAAACCGAGAAUUUGAGUUAGAUGGGGAUGGCGAGGCGCAGCAACCAGAGCCAAGGAGAAGGACACUAACUCUCAAAACGUUCUUUAACCUUUUGGCAAACAUGGUUUCUCAACUUGAAGAGGACAAUCAUGAGAUGGCAGAUCUCAGCAAUCAAAUCGCUGCAAUCAAGGUCAACGAACGUGAGGAGGAAGCCGUGGCUAAUAUGGUAAAAAGUUUUCUGAUUCGUGGAUUGGAGGGAUGUAAACAUUGA